GACACAGCAGUGAUGAGAGUAAAGCUAUGAGUUGUUUUUUUCUUAAAGUGUAUAAAGUAAAAAUUGAAUAUGUUUAAUUAUAAACCUUCUAGUACCAUUAUUUACGUGUGUAUUAUUAUCAACCAAUCUUCCAAGGCGGCAAUCAGAUAGAUUAUGGCCUUUCAGUUGAUGGUGUUAAUUUUUUUCAAUUGAAAUUUAACCCUUUCUUUCAUUAUUGAAGCGGACCUGUUGGGAAAAGUGACAAUCUGUUUAUUUUGCAACAUCACGAAACCAUCAAAGUUUAUUCCGCUGAGUUGAAGUUGACAAUAUUGUUGUUUUUAUCUCAUCAAGUUGAUCUUUCUAUUACCAAGAAAGGACUUUAUUAACCUUAAAGAAAAUCUGUGAUCAUUAUUUGUGUAUCAAACAUUUAUCAUCAUGCAUUCAUUUCUGACUAUUCAAUGUUGAAAAUUAUUUCCCGCAAACAAUAUUUCUAACUUCAUAAAAGAUCUGUUUCUGUUUGUCUUUUGAUGAUCCAUAAACAUUCAAUAUCUGCAAGUGACUUAAAUUGUUUUUCUACGUCUGGCGCUCACAAUCGAGGUCUUAAUUUGUCAGUUUAACUUUUAAAAAUGGUUUUAAGCUCAAAUGACAUUGAUGUGGUUGAAUUUCUAGCCAAUCUUAAAGCUAGCAAACCACCCUAUGAAUGUCCUUUUCGAGAAUGUGGAAAAAUUUACAAAAGUUAUAUAGGAAUGAGAUCUCAUAUGUUAGGUUUUAACCAUGUCACUGGAACAAAAGACAAUGGAUCUCCAAAUUUAAACCAAUCAGGUUUUGGCAAAAAGGGUAGAGGCCGCUGGCAUGGUCGUCAAUGUAGUAGAUCUCCUUCUCCUUCUGAUUUCAUUAAGAAUCCUGCUAGAGAAGCCCUAACUUACGCCGAAGCCCAAAGAAUGGUUGAAAUAGAAAUAGAUGGAAGAACCCAUCGAAUCAACAUAAAUGAACCUAUGAAUAUAGUUCACAUUGAUGCAAAAAAUGGCUUUAGUAUGAAUGGAUCCGUGGAGGAGACUAAAGAAGAAAAUGGAGAAGCGGAGAAAUCUGAAGAAAUUAAUCAAGUGAAAGGUGGUAAAUCUGGUAGAGGAGGUAAAGGUGGAAAAGGUGGUAAAGGUGGUAAAGGCGGCAAAGGAAAAAAUCGAGGUAAAGCUAAGUUUGGCAGGCCAUCAAAAAACAAAAAUCAGACUCCUGCAGAACCUCAAACACCAUCAGCCAAUGGACCUGUUUUACCUGCUCCAUCUUUUCGCGUUCUCUCUGACUAUAACCCACCCGAUGCACCACCUAGACCGACCUCUUAUUUCAGGUUCAUCGAUAAAUCUCCUGAUGAGUUGGACGAAGAAGUUGAAUAUGAUAUGGACGAAGAGGACUGUGCCUGGCUUGAAUUGAUAAACUCUAAAAGAAAAUCUGAUGGAUUGAAUGAAGUACCUGCUGAUACUUUUGAACUUCUAAUGGACAGAUUAGAGAAAGAGUCUUAUUUUUCAAGUCAAAACAGUGGUAAAGAAAUGGGUCCAGCUAUAGAUGAAGAUGCAGUUUGUUGUAUAUGCAGCGAUGGCGAGUGUCAAAAUACAAACGCUAUUCUAUUUUGUGAUAUGUGUAAUUUAGCUGUUCAUCAGGAAUGCUAUGGAGUUCCGUAUAUACCUGAAGGUCAGUGGUUAUGUCGAAGAUGUCUCCAAUCUCCAUCUCGAGCUGUUGACUGUGCUUUGUGUCCUAAUAAGGGUGGAGCUUUUAAACAAACCGAUGACAAUCGUUGGGCUCAUGUUGUCUGUGCUUUAUGGAUACCUGAAGUUUGUUUUGCCAACACUGUUUUCCUUGAACCAAUUGACAGCAUUCAAAACAUACCCCAAGCAAGAUGGAAAUUAAAUUGCUCUAUAUGCAAACAAAAAUCAGUCGGAGCUUGUAUACAAUGUCAUAAAAAUAACUGUUACGUUGCUUUUCAUGUUACCUGUGCUCAACAAGCCGGACUUUACAUGAAAAUGGAGGCCAUUAGGGAAGUUACUUCAAAUGGAGUUGUAACAAGUGUACGAAAGGCUGCUUACUGUUUAACUCAUACACCAACCGAUGAAAAUGGUGUUAGUUUAAGUGGUGUUUAUAUUAGUGGGGAUGAUGAUGAUUCUAGGUCUAGCUUCAUUAAACGAAAUCAAAAUGAAGCUCUAUUCAAAGAAAAGAUGCGUAAAGCUCGUAAAAUGUUGGCCGAAAAGCGUUCCGUUUUGCCUGUCGUCUCAAUACCAACCAUCCCAGCUGAUAGAUUAACUAAAAUUGCAUCUCUUAUAAACAUACCUAAACGUAAUCAAUUCAUCCAACGACUUCUUGGUUAUUGGACAUUAAAAAGACAUUCCAGAAAUGGAGUACCUCUCCUUCGUCGACUUCAAAUAUCAUAUGCGGGAGCAAGAAAAGGCAGUGAUUUAAAUAAUGAUGAUGAGCAAGCUAUUAAAUUAAGGGAUGAGCUUAAAUAUCUUCAACGUCUUCGCCAAGAUCUCGAAAAGGCUCGACUUUUAGUGGAAUUAAUAAGGAAAAGAGAAAAAUUAAAAUUAGAAUACAUAAAAGUACAUCAAUUAAUUGUUGAGACUAGUUUUCAACCAUUGAGUCAUCAUUUAAGAAAAGUCAUCACGCAAUUAGAAGCUAAAGAUCCCCAAAAAAUAUUUGCUGAACCUGUAAACACUGAAGAGGUUCCUGAUUAUCUCACCUUCAUCUCCCAUCCAAUGGAUUUCUCCACAAUGCGAUCAAAAAUUGAGUCAAAUUCUUAUAAAAAUUUUUCCCAAUUUGAAGCUGAUUUUGAUUUAAUGAUUAACAACUGCAUGUCCUACAACAACAAAGAUACAUUAUAUUAUAAAGCUGCCGUUAAAUUGAAAGAAGCAAGCAAACCAAUUAUCCGAGAAGCUAAACUGGCUCUUGAAAAACCUUUUGUACCCAAAACAGAAGACGAUUCAUCUACAUCUCUAUCAUCUUAUCAAACAGCUUCUGAAUCCAAUGAUGUUGACACUAAAGAAGCUGAUAAUCAAAUAACUAAAGAAAAACUUCGUACUCCAGCUGGUAGAAAACGGCCAACCAAGAAACACACAGGCUCUCAAAGCAAGAAACCGACAACAACUCCUCAUACUGUUCAAUCAUCUCUAGAAACGCCUCAAGCAUCCCCUUUCCCAUCUUCAUCAGUUCCCCAAACAGAUAGUUUCAAAGUUUAUCGAUCCAUCAUGAAUGCAGCCAGCGAUUCAGAUUUUAAUUCUGAAAGCUCAAGAUCUUCAGCCACCACGGCAUCAACAGAGUAUUCAGGAUCAUCUCAGUCUUGGACGACCAGCUUACAAGCUUCUUGUAAUAGCAAGGCUAGUUCAGAAGCACGUGAAACUCCAACUAACCCUCCAAGACCAACUUCUCGCUCAUCGAGAUCUGAUAUUUCAAAUGAUAGUCAGAACUUAAUACCAUUAGAGCCCUUGGACCUAGUAUGGGCCAAGUGUCGUGGAUAUCCCUGGUAUCCAGCCCUGAUUGUUAAUCCAGACAUGCCAAAGACUGGAUAUUUCCAUAAUGGUGUCCCCAUCCCAGUACCUCCAGAUGAUGUGCUUGAAUUGAGAGCGCAACAUGCCGAACCUGUAUAUUUAGUUUUAUUUUUUGAUGCUAAAAGAACUUGGCAAUGGCUUCCAAGGAACAAGCUCGAACCUUUGGGUGUAUAUUCGGGUUUGGAUCAAGCCAAGUUGAUAGAAUCAAGGAAACCAGCAGAAAGAAAAGCAGUUAAAAAAGCCUUCGAGAAAGCAAUCGAACAUUGUUGUAGAGUUGCCGGAGAACCUCCUGAAUCCGGAGAAUCAGAUGAUGAAGAUUAAUUUCAAAAUCAAUCAAAAAAGUUAAAUUUUGUGUAUAUUAAUUGAAAAAAAGAAAACAUUGUAAAUAGCAAAGCAAACAAACCUUCUCAUCUCUCCUUAAUUAUUGUUUUCCCACUCUCCUCAAUCUUCCUCACACUCUCUUCUUCAAUUCCCAACUCGAUGUAAAUAAUCGUACAAAUUAAGUUUUGUCUAUUCCGUUAAUAGAAUCAAUUAGGUUGAAAAAAAGAAACUCGUUGACUUUCGUUUCAAAUUUACAUGAGAUAGUCCAACUAUUAAGUGAUUAUGUUUCAAACAAAAUUAAUAACAAGACUAUCCUCUUAAUAAAGCAAUGAUGCAAACUUA